UGGCCAUGUUACCCCCAGCUGGUGUAUUGUAAAGGCAUAACUUCUCUUUACCAACAAGUCGCACCAAUGGAUCCUCAAGAAAGAUUUCCAACGCACCUCGUUGGAAGGGCAACUGUGGCACUCGAUCGUCAAAAUGCAAAUAGACUCCUGGAUGAAAUGGAAGUUAUACCUAAAGAUAAUGUUCAAGAACUCAUCGGCUCUACAAUGUCCUCCACCAUGCAAGACAAGUACAUCUAUCGUUUAGUCCUGGAUUUCGAUUGUACACCGAAGGAUUCUUUGACCAUGGACAAUGUAGUCGCCCGUGUAGGAAAAUUCGCUCAACAUCUUAUAUGCUGUUACAAGCCAUAUAUACUUCAUAACAUCGGAAAAAAGGUAUUUAAUGUGAAUGCUAUUUUGACAAGUCGCAUGAAAUAUUUUGAGAAUGAAAACGUCACUGUGGAACGUUGGCAUGUGCACUAUCUGAAUGUUGUAUUCGUUGACGAUAAAGCAUGUAACGGAGCUAACAUAUUAACACCUGUACGAAAAUUAGGACUCCUUGCGAUGAAAGUGGAUUGGCCGGAUUUGGAUGUAACUGCCGGUUCAUCGCAGUGGCUUGUUUACAAUAGUCGCAAAUUCGACUCUACAAGCGCCUACAAAUAUGUAACGAGCUUAAAAUUCGAAAUUGAUACAGAUACCGAGGAUUUUCGCCUCGACUUUUACGGUCCACAAAAUAUAUCGAGCAAAAGUUUGAGACAUAUACUUUCUCUCCAUAAAGAUGUGGAUGAUAUGGAUAUCGUAAUAGACUGGACGAGAAUACCGAGUAAUAAUUUGGAAUCGAUACUUGUUGCAAGACCUUCUACGUCCGUCCAACAGGAUUUAGAUCACGUUUCGAGCGAAGACGAAGGAUUAGAUGGUAAUGGGGAUAUUGAUAAUUUGGGACGAUGUAACGAGGGUUUUCAAUUGCUUUCAAGUAGUGCAGAAUGGGGCGAUAUAUUCGCAAACGAACAAGAACAACGUAUAAACAUUUCCUUCCCAGACGGUAGACCGACCUUUCAGGGGCGCCGUUUAAAUAACGCUCGUCCAAACUCUCCCGAAAUUUGUAUUAAAUUGGCAAAAGCAUAUAAGGGGAUUUCAUAUUGCGGUAUCGGUGAACCAAAAACAACAGCUAUUGCUAGAGAAUACGUCUUUAAGUGGGCUUUAUUAAAAUUAGUAUACUUCGCAAAUUACGCAUCUACCUACGAUAAAUGGUAUCGUUUACUCCUAAUCGUGGCAAGUAACAUGAAUUAUAACGUUGGUAGGCGAAUUUUUCGUGUAUUGUCGAAAACAGUUCAGAAGAAUAUGAAAGACGACCCAGGAUUUCAUUACGAUCGUGCCGUGGCUUGGUUGUGGAGGUACACUCCGGUGGAAUCGUUGACCACAGAGGAAGAGGAUGAUGAAAAUGAAGAAGACGCAGAUUUCGAAACCACUCGUAGCGAUCGCUUAAUACCUACUAUGCAAAGGGCUAAAACUCAAAGGGGUCGUAAAAGAAAGAACAUGUGCGGAGAAGAGUUGAAUGCUGUAAAACCACUUAAUCUACCGAGACGAUUGGUGCGUUUACAAUACGAACCUCUUUUUCAAAUGACUAACGAAGACAAAGAAACUUCGGAAUGGUUGCUAUCUGAACUGAUUAAAGGAAUGGGUGUUGUAAACAUGGUAUACAACGAAUAUAUUAAACGAUUAUUAAGUAUAAGCAACGUAUGUAUGCUCGUACAUAACAAAGCCUCGGACAGUUACGAUCUUUUCAAAUAUAACGCUGCAACUGGAACCAUGGUGUUAGAUGAUUUGAGCAAAUUAAUAUUAGAUUUAGAACUCGUUGCGAUAAAAACUUGUUUCGAAUACGAAUCGGCUGGUGAUAACAUUACACCUUUCGAUUUGUGUUAUAAUUUUUUGCGUAUGUCUACGAAGAAAUUGGAGCAUAAAGUCGAUUUUUCAAACUUAAAUACGUACCUGCAAUCUGGAGCUAAUAAUAGCAAUGUAAAUUUAACCACCAACAGGCAUCUCGUUUUACCAGACAAUGUAACGUAUGAUUUAUACGAUGCAAAAUACAUUCCAUGGGACGCAUCGCAAUUAUGUACAGUUAGAAGCGAUUGCAAAUUAGAUUUAGGAAAGGAUGAAUUGGUUGAACACGUAUAUACCGAGAUUCACCCCAUGCGAGGGGGUAUACAGUAUAGGUGUAAAGUAAUAUGUAAUUGGAUGGAUUCCGCGUGGAAGGCGUUCGAACAACGAAAUUUUGGCAAGGAAAUGUUAACCAUUUUACGUUCCGUCACUAUGAAAGUAUCGGACAAAAUGCUGGAAAACAGAGAUCCCGACAAAUUUAUGGAAGACUUUUUAGAUGAAUUGUACAGUGAUCCAAGCACUAGGUUUCAGGAAUAUUUUGAAAACAUAGAAUACGACGAUGAAAUAAUUACAUCUACUAACGAUAAUUGCCUGCCGUCUAAAUCUGAAAUCCAUAAAUUAAACGACGAAACCAGCGAGCGCAUAAAACGUUUCACGGAAUGUGACCAAUCUAAAUCUAAAUUUGGACUGUACAUUGCAACGGCAUCGUCUCUUCUCGCAAUGAGGAUAAUGUUACAAAGGCACCCCGAUAUGUACGCGCCCGUCAUGGACAAGGCAACCAUUUGUACAUCCGAAAACGACGACGGUGGUCCUGUCGUUUUCGUUAAAAACGAAAUAACGUGGGAUCAACUGGUGUGGACCAUGUUAAUCGAAAUAUUUGGCUCGUCCGAACAAGCACGACUCGUGUUGGAAUUUUUAGCUCUCGGUUUAUACACGGAUAGCAAUGGACGUUUAGUAAUGUUCAUGCACGGGGAGGCGGUUAAUGGAAAAUCAAUGUUUAUAGGUAUUCUUAACUACAUUUUUGGAAAAAAGAGCAAUCUCGUACGUACUCUUCCUGCAAACUUUUUUACUUCGAAAUCGGAUAAUCGAAUGGAUGCUACUUUUCGUUCAAACGCGGAAGAAAUUCGAUUUGCAAUCGAGAACGAAAUUCCGAUAUUAGACAUGGACGAAGGCGGACGGCGCAAAUUUAAACAAUUUACCGGAGGUGAUCGAGUCUCUAGUAGACAACCUUACGAUCGAUGUAACAAUGAUUUUCGUAUUUCUGCAAAGUUUGUCACCUCUUCAAAUGACAUGCCAUAUAUUUCGAGUACCAUGUUAGCCGAACAGAGCAGACUCAUGAUCAUUCCAACCGUAUCUACAUUCAUUGCCGGCAAAGUAAUGCUUAGAAAACAAUUAUUGCAACAUUUGGCUGCCGAUAGAUAUUGUAGACGCUUGUAUGGAACGGCAUAUCCUUCCUUCAAGGGAUUAUACACCAUAGAAAUGAACAAAUAUGCAAACGUUAUGACAAAACAGACUUUGACUAAUUUAAAUGCACGCAACACUUUAUUUCCUAUGCAUUACAAUAAUAUUUUAAACCAAGGAUUUCCUUGUGACAUCAUUGAGGUACCGAAAGGAAUUCCUACACAGAGGUGGCUCCUUGGUAAUCCACUACUCAUGCACGAAGAGGUUCAGGAGAAAAUGGGGGCUGCAUUGUGUCGAAUCCUUUUAGAUCAUAUCGUACCGUCAAUGGGGGGUCUAAAGAAUACAGCAGUAACAGUUCAAAAAAUGGAGAAUUACGUACGAGAAAAUGUUAAUUUAUUUGGAAGUUAUAAAGAUGUCAUGCUGAUAUUGUUGAAGAGGUUGAUCGUAUAUAGGAAGGGUGAGUGUAUCGACGUGGAUUCUUUGCGUGCAAUCGUAGUUCAAGAGAUGUCUGUGAUGAAGUCUAAUAUACGAAGUUUAAUGUUUGGUAAAUACAAAGGGGCUGGAUCGGAGGCUUUUAGUAAAGUAGAUAAUGCUUGUAAAACUAUAAAUGGAUUUUGUAAUAUGUUGGUAAAGUGUAAUUUCAAUUUGACUAAGAGAGAUCACUGCAUAACGCUAAACGAUUUCCAGUUAGUCCAUCUCUUUAUAAAUGAAAGAAACAAAAUUGAAAUAUCUCCAAUUGAAGGAAUGUUAAAUAUCGACGAUCUCAAAACGUAUCUAACACCUGAAAAUAUAUUUACUGGACCUGACGAAUCGGACACCGUUGAUGCUAGGAAAACGUGUUUAAAACCACCCAUUGUAAUGUCCGAUUUUGUAUAUGGAUCAUUCGGGGACGAUGAAGAUGCACAUACAGGUAACGAAACUGAAUUGGACGUUGGUGGACCACGUGUUGAAGGAACGAACUACUUCAGUACAUUGUCUAAAAAUUCAAUGUGGGGAAUAAUAGAUGCAAGGCAUGCCGAUUUCUAA